UAGACCCAAAACGUAAAAGCAGGUAACUGCAUUUUCACAUUGACGUACAGAUGACGCUAAAGGCCGACCAGAGGCUUUGCUGAAAUUGUAUUAUAUCAGGGUUUUUUCAGCGCAAAAAAGUAUACAAGUGUGGCAAUUUUCACGCUUCUAUACCAAAUCGAACUAUUUUCAAUCUUUUAUAGCUGGUACUGGACUAGAAUUUGAUGAGAGGUGCAAUACGUUCUUUCAGCCAGGCACUGUGGCAUGUCGUCGCCAUGGAAACCUCUUUAGUCGCUGCAGUGCGUUUCCGUGGUGUAAACAGUAUGUGCGUGUGCGUGGAUUAUGUUGAACAUUACAGGGCCGAGAGAGAGAUUUUCAAGGUGUCUGGCAAAUGAACACGUAAACUAUAACAUCGUGUUGUUGUUAGCUUGGAGUAGAGCUAUAUUUUUCUGUUGUUGAUAGUAAUGUUUUUAGCACAGCGAAAGGGCAUAAUAUGCUACUCACUUCACUUCAGUUAAACUCAACCUGGCUAGCUACAGUAUUAACGUUUUCGCAAGCUAACGUUACGUUUGUAGGCUAAAUUGAAUCUUGGUAGCAACUGUGGGUAGAUGGGAUUUCAAAGCUUAGCUUUGGUAGUUAUGUUGUUGUGAGAUAGCUAGCUAACGUUAGCUAUUUUGGCAAACUAUUUUUCGGUUUACAUGUAUAGUUUUGCUUUGGCUAAGUCUGUCUCAGCUGUUUAUUAGUCAGCAGCAAUGAAUCACUUUCAUCCAUCGAAAAGGACUUCAUCAUUCUGUCACUUGGAACAGGUCGAAACUACUCUAAUAUAGGAAGUGAACUUUGAAACAUUACUUCUGCUAUGAAGUACUGUAGCUAGCUAGUUAUUUCAAGAUAAUAAACGACGUCUCUAAGUGCACCAGGGAACAUUAGCAAGCUCGUAGGUCGUGUUAUUCUAAAAAGCUAGCUAGGUAGCCAAACCAAACCAGUUGAGAGCUUUUCGUGGGAAUUGAGUGCAUCACUGUUUGCGAUAGUAGGUGACAAGGUGGGAUAUUAGGUGACAUCUCACCUUGUGAGAUUUAAGCAUAACUACAGCAUUUUUUCAUUAUUUAAACAUAGAUAGAAAGCUAUCAAAUCAGAGAGGGAGAUGAUCAUGCUUUUCGGAUGUGCUUGGAACUAACGUUACUCAGCAUCAUCUAUCACCACUGUUACCCAUCAAGUUCCAAGGCAGUAACGUUAGCUAACAUCAAAUACGCUUUCUCGUGGGUGGAUCAGCUUUCCCCAAAUCAAAGAAUUCAUCUUACACAUUCACAGUUUGGAGCCAUGACCAUGACAAGGCUUUAACACUUGCGACAGCUGUUCCAAAAAGGAGACUAAAAACACAGAUGUUCGUCAGCAAAAUGACUUUGAACCAGUCCAGCCUGUUUGGUCAGGUAGACGAUCUACAAGACUUAACAUUCAUCGAAAGACCUAUACGCAGGAGUCUAAAGACUGCUGAAGAGAUAGAGAAGCUGACCGUGGACGAGGAUUUGAAUGACAUUGAGCGGGCGGUCUACCUCCUCAGCUCAGGUCAGGAUGUCCAGAGAGCCAGUGUAAUCAUCAACCUGCCAAACCUGGUGCGUCAAAAUCCAGCAGAGACCUUCCGACGGGUAGUGCCAAAAGUUCGGGAAGUACUGCACGUAGCCGGGGCAGACAUGCAGCUAGCGGCGGCAGGCUCCUUCCUGACCUUGCUCCAGGAUGACAUUGUCCUCAUCCAGACGCACACCCACUCCAUCCUACAGAUCGUUUUACUUAACCUGGACCACCGGGACACAGUGGUGAGCAACGCAUGGCUGGAAACUUUGCUGUCUGCAAUCGAUGCUUUACCAAAGGAAACCAUCAGACAGGAGAUCCUCAGCCCGCUUGUGUCCAAAGCUCAGCUGUCUCAGUCCCUGCAGGCCCGUUUAGCCAGCUGUCGUAUCCUGGGGAAGGUGGCCUGCAAGUUUGAGUCUCCCAUAGUGAAGAAGGACCUCCUGCCCCUGGUGAGGUCCUUGUGCCAGGAUGUGGAGUACGAGGUGCGCUCCUGCAUGUGUCGCCAGCUGGAGAACAUCGCCAGAGGAAUCGGACUGGACCACACCAAGGCGGCGGUGCUGCCUGAGCUCGUAGAGUUGGCCCGGGACGAGGGGAGCACGGUGCGCCUGGCCGCCUUCGACACCAUCAUUAACCUGCUGGAAAUGUUCGACAGUGACGACAGGACGCGUGUUAUCUUUCCGCUGGUGAAGACGUUCUGUGAAAAGUGCUUUAAAGCUGAUGAGGCGGUGCUGGCUUCGCUGUCAUUUCAGUAUGGCAAGCUCUGUCACGGACUCUCAGCGUCUUUCACAGAGGAGCAGCACCUGUGGUUCCUGGAGUUCUAUAAGAAGCUGUGUGUACUGGGCCUGCAGCAUGAAAACGGACACUCGGACAACCAGGUCUAUCCGCUGGAGCUGGAGAGCAAGUACGCCCUGGUGCGACGCAAUUGCGCCUACAACUUCCCCGCCAUGGUGUUAUUCGCUGACCCCAACCACUUCCUGACGGAGCUUUACCCCACCUUCUCCAGUCUGUGUCAUGACCCUGAGAUCACGGUGCGACGCACAAUGGCCGAGGGCUUCCACGAGAUUGUCAAGCUGUUGGGCCCCAAUGUCCACUUCAUUCACAAGGAGCUGGUUGUGUUACUGCAGGACGACUCACUUGAGGUAUUAGAUGCAUUGCUAAGCCACCUUCAGGAGACUCUGGAGUUGGCCACAUCGAGAGGAGAAGGGCCAGGACCUGAGAGCAAGCAGCUGAUUGUCCCCGAGCUGGUCCCGGCGCUGGCAGCGGCCGAGCAGAAGGCUGCCUUGUCGCUCCGCUGGCGGGUGCAUGAGAGACUGCUGCAACGCUAUGCCUGCCUGCCCCGUGUUGUUUCCGCCGACCAGAUCUACUUCCGCUUCCUACAGAGGAUGUUCGCCAUCGUCACCACCAACAAUGUUCUCCCAGUCCAGAGAGAGGCGGCCAGGACGCUGUGUAUGUUCCUACGCUACAACCGCAAGCAGGAGCAGCGGCAAGAGAUCAUCGGCAAAGUGCUGCAAGAGCUUGCUCAGGGCAGAAGUUACUGGAACAGGCUUCGCUACCUGGACCUGUGUGAGAUUGCCAUGGAGCUCUUCUCAAAGGCCUACUUCUGCAAACACUUCCUCAUCCAGGCUCUGGAGCUGGUCAAUGACCCUGUAGCCAACGUCAGGUAUAAGCUGUGCCACAUGCUGCCCCAGCUGAGGUCCACCAUCAGGCUGCCUGCAGACAAACACCUCCUGCAACAGCUGGAGUUCUGCGUCCGCAAGCUACUCUGUCGGGAGAAGGACAAGGAUGUGGUGGCCACCGUCCGCAAGACAGUGCUGGAAUUAGACAAAAUGGACAUCACAGAACCUUACCAUAAGAGACACGAGAGAGAUCUACUAGACCAGAAGAAGGAGAAGGAAGAGACUCUACUGCUGGAGAUGGAACAGCUAGAGCGACAGCAGAGCGAAGCCAAGCUCACCAGUGAAAAACACACAGAAAAGAAACGGAGGGACAGUAAGACAGGGUUGUCAGGGACCAAGGGCCUGUCUGGAUCCACGUCCGGGGCCACUUUGUCCACCUCCUCCGGUAAAGAGUUGAGGAAGGCCAAACUGGCACGGAGUCGGUCGCUUAGCAGCCACCCUACUACACCCAAGAUGGCUAAUCCAGACAAAACUCUAAAGGUCAAGGAUUCAGGAAGCUGUCCUGGAAAAGGGAAGAACUUGCUUCCUAUGAAUGCGGACGAGGCUCUGCGGUCGCACCACUUCAGCGUGGCAGCAGCGUCGUCGGUGCUGUCUCCAACUCCCUCGGCUUCCUCCAUGCCCGUCCUGAUCCGCAGCAACACCACCAACACCUUGGUGGACCACCCGCACCAACACCAGCACCGCAGCAGCACCCUGGACCACCGCUCCACCAACGGGAGCAAGGACACCCAGUCCAGAAAACUCUCCAUACAAAGGAAGUCCAACUCUUUCGGUAUGCAGUCGGGGAGGGAGUGAAGCUGGCUAUAUGGGGGCGAUGACAGACCCCUUAGUCCCCGGCGAUGACCUUGAGGUCAAGGCAUUGUGAAGAACCGGGUGGCCACGAUCACUACACCCCUGCUCUGAUGGUCAUCCUCCUUCAUCUAUCUCAAGUUGUCAAAAGUGUGCAUCUGUCCUCCCCCUGCUUCAGGUUCCAAAUGACAAACAAACCCUAAUAAACACUUCAACAUUGGCUUGCGGGGGAAAGACGUCCGGAGUCUUAAUUACGCCAAUGGGAAACAGAACUGACAUCGAACCCAUCUCUGCCUUAUUCCACAAAUACUCGUAACUCGUUCCAUUUCACAAACAAUUAGUAAUUACAAACAAAAUAUGUAACAGUAUGCAUUUUAUUUGUACCUUUAUUUAUUGGCAAUUUUUUUCUGUAUUAUAGCAUGCUUUGAAAAGUCUCUUCUCUUAUGUUUUAUAUUUUCCCAAAUGGCUAUUGAAGAAAACAAAGCAGUUUUUAUGACUAUAUGAUCCAACACUUGUGAUUGGUACCGGAAUUUCUCCAUCCCACCAAUGAGAUUGUGCCUGGUGCCUCUGAAGCGCCUGAGUGAUCCACCCAUGCCAACCCUCACCACCCAAUCAAUAAACCUGUGUUGAAUAUGUGA